GCGGGAAGCCGCGUGGCGGAGGCAGCGGUAACGACGGCAAGCCGUAAGGUCGAGCGACUUCCGGUUCCGGUGUAACGUUCGGGCUCCGUCUCAGGGGCUGAAGUUUGUGAGGUACUGUGUUGAAUAUCCAAGGUUGUUUCACUGUCGCUUGUCCCUUCUAAAGAAUGGCCCUAUCUAAGAGGGAACUGGAUGAGCUGAAGCCAUGGAUCGAGAAGACAGUCAAGAGGGUGUUGGGUUUCUCAGAGCCCACGGUGGUCACAGCAGCAUUAAAUUGUGUAGGAAAGGGCAUGGACAAGAAGAAAGCCGCUGAUCACUUGAAGCCUUUCCUGGAUGAUUCUACCCUUCGGUUUGUUGACAAAUUGUUUGAGGCAGUGGAAGAGGGCCGUAGUUCUAGACAUUCCAAGUCUAGCAGUGACAGAAGUCGAAAACGAGAGUUGAAGGAGGUGUUUGGUGAUGACUCAGAGAUAUCUAAGGAGUCAUCAGGGGUGAAGAAGAGGCGUAUACCAAGGUUUGAGGAGGUGGAGGAGGAGCCGGAGGUAAUUCCUGGACCACCAUCAGAGAGCCCAGGCAUGCUGACUAAACUACAGAUCAAACAAAUGAUGGAGGCAGCCACAAGGCAGAUUGAGGAAAGGAAAAAACAGCUGAGCUUCAUUAGUCCUCCUACACCUCAGCCAAAGACUCCUUCUUCCUCACAACCAGAACGACUGCCAAUUGGCAAUACUAUUCAGCCUUCCCAGGCUGCCACCUUUAUGAAUGAUGCCAUUGAAAAGGCACGGAAAGCAGCUGAACUACAAGCUCGGAUUCAAGCUCAGCUGGCAUUGAAACCAGGACUUAUUGGCAAUGCCAACAUGGUUGGAUUGGCCAACCUUCAUGCUAUGGGCAUUGCUCCUCCGAAGGUGGAGCUGAAGGACCAGACGAAACCUACACCCCUUAUCCUGGAUGAACAAGGCCGAACGGUAGAUGCUACAGGCAAAGAGAUUGAGUUGACACACCGAAUGCCAACACUAAAGGCCAAUAUUCGGGCUGUGAAGCGGGAACAAUUCAAGCAGCAGCUCAAGGAAAAGCCAUCAGAGGACAUGGAAUCUAACACAUUUUUUGAUCCCCGAGUCUCCAUUGCCCCUUCCCAACGCCAGAGGCGAACCUUUAAAUUCCACGACAAGGGCAAAUUUGAAAAGAUUGCCCAGAGAUUACGGACAAAGGCUCAACUAGAGAAGCUGCAGGCAGAGAUCUCACAGGCAGCACGAAAAACUGGCAUCCAUACUUCAACCAAGCUGGCACUCAUCGCUCCCAAAAAAGAACUAAAAGAAGGAGACAUUCCUGAUAUUGAAUGGUGGGACUCCUACAUUAUCCCCAACGGUUUUGACCCUACAGGGGAAGCUCCCAAGAAAGAAGACUAUUUUGGGAUAACAAACCUUGUAGAACAUCCAGCCCAGCUAAAUCCUCCAGUGGAUAGUGACACACCAGUGACACUGGGGGUGUACCUCACCAAAAAGGAACAGAAAAAACUGAGGAGGCAGACCCGGAGGGAAGCCCAGAAGGAGCUGCAAGAGAAAGUCCGGCUGGGUCUGAUGCCUCCUCCUGAACCCAAAGUAAGAAUUUCCAAUUUGAUGAGAGUAUUAGGCACAGAAGCUGUUCAAGAUCCCACAAAAGUGGAAGCUCAUGUCAGAGCCCAGAUGGCAAAAAGACAGAAAGCGCAUGAAGAGGCCAAUGCUGCCCGAAAACUAACAGCAGAACAGAGAAAGGUCAAGAAAAUUAAAAAGCUAAAAGAAGACAUUUCACAGGGGGUACACAUAUCCGUAUUUAGAGUACGAAAUUUGAGCAACCCAGCCAAGAAGUUCAAGAUUGAAGCCAAUGCUGGGCAGCUGUACCUUUCAGGGGUGGUUGUGCUUCACAAGGAUGUCAACGUUGUGGUGGUAGAAGGGGGCCCUAAGGCACAGAAAAAAUUCAAGCGUCUAAUGCUGCACCGGAUAAAAUGGGAUGAACAGACAUCUAACACGAAGGGAGAUGAUGAUGAUGAAUCUGAUGAGGAGGCUGUGAAAAAAACCAAUAAGUGUGCAUUGGUCUGGGAGCCUCCAUGAGGAAGUCAGGAAGAGCAUGGAAGACAGAUUGUGCAAAAGCAAGGAGGUGGACGAUGGAGUGUUGUAUAUGAGAAACAGCAGAGGAGUCAGUUUUGUUGGAACUUGUCUGAAGGGGAGUAAUGUGAAAUCACUCUAAAAGGAUAGGUUGCAUCUGUAUUGUGAAGCAUUUAAAAUGCCAAUCAAAUUGACAUUUUAUCUUAGAGGAUUUAAUGAACCACUGAAACUUCUUGAGCAAAGGAGUCAGAUUUUUGCUUUAGGAAUAUCAAUUUGGCAGCUGUGUAGAGGAUAUAUUACUGUAAAAGGGAGAUAGGAAAAUAAAUUGGCAGGCUAUUACAAUAAUCCACUUGAGAAGAAAUGAGAUCCUGAACAGUUGGAGAGAAGAGGAUGGUUCAAGAGAUGUUGUGAAUACAACUGAGUAAAUGUUUAGAUAUGGAUGAGAUGAAAGUAAAGAGUAAAAGAUGACAGAUAGUAAAUUUGACAUGGAAAAAUGUCAUUGACAGAAAUAGAAAUUUUGAAGAAGCUCUUGAGUUUUGAAGAAAAAGAUACUGAAUAUGAGGUAUUAAGCAAAUAAUUGAUCAUGCAGAUUGGAGUUCAGGAGAGAGGAAGGCUGGAUAUGGAGAUUUGAGAGUCAUCUGUAUUGAUAAAAUAUGGCAGUUGAUGAGAUUUCAAAAAAACUGUGGACAAUCUUGGCAUAUGCUUAUACUUAGCAAAUAGAAGAUGAUUGCCAACAAAGGAAAUCAAAGGAGUAGUUAAGACAGGUAGAAAGAAAACUAAUACCAAAAAAAAUCGGGGGGAGAGAGGAUAUAGGAAGGAAGAAAUAAUUACCUUUAUAGCCUGGUCAAAAAAGAUAGUUAAGCAUUGUUGGUAAAGAAAAGAGUAGUUUUAGUCAAGAUUGAAAGCUCAAUUACAAGGUUACAGGAGUAAUUUGCAUUUUAUUUUGAGAUGCAUAGUAACUUUUUUUCUCAGCAGUGUCUUAAUUAUUUAAUUAUUAAAGUGAAUUAUUUGAUUACAUACCAACCAGAUUUCUACUAAAAGGUGUAUUCCAUGCAUAUUAAUAUCGUACAAAAUUCCUUGAUGUAUGCAACAAGAGAAAUAUCUUCGUUGAAGAAUUUUCUUAUUACUAUCAGUUGAGUCAUAAAACAGGUAAAUGUGCUCCUGGCCCCUUUCUUCGAAAAUUUCCAACAAAGACUGAUAAAGGCUUUCAUUUACUUCUGUUUUUGCAAGAUAUUUUGCUGAUUGCAUCAAACUCCAGAACACUUCAAAACAUCCAUGAGAUUCCAAAAAAAUUUCAAAGGGUUUGGCCUAAUUUACAGCUGAAUGAAGAAUGCCUAAUGUCUAGAAAUGCAGUUGACUCAACAAUCCGUUGAGCUGAUCCAUUGAUAGAUGUUGGACAGUUUCUACAGAUGGAUAGUGAGCUACGCCUAGAAUUAAAUAAGAGGAAGAGA